AUGAACUGGACCCAGGCCCGGCAGUGGUGCCAGGACACCUACACUGACAUGGUGGUGAUCCAGAACCAGAGCGAGAACGACUAUCUAGUGUCCAUACUGCCAAUCAAAAGAAAGAGUCCAUAUUAUUGGAUUGGAGUCACCAAAAACCACAAGAAUGAAUCCUGGACCUGGAUUGGGAAUAACAGCACGUGGGUUGGUGAGGAUUCAUGGGCAAAAAACGAGCCGAACAACAACCACAGCACCGAGUUCUGCGUGGAGAUCUACGUGACAGUAAAAGACAAAAGAGGGAAGUGGAAUGAUGAGAAAUGCAACAUUCCUAAAUUCCCUGUUUGUUAUAAAGCUCAGUGUAAUGAAACUUCAUGUGAAAGAGGAAGAUGCCAGGAGACCAUAAACAACAUGACCUGCCUGUGUGAGCCCGGCUUUGAGGGAGACAGGUGCCAAACACCCAAUGAGUUACCUCUCACCAACAACUACA